AUGUCCAUCCAAGAAAAAGAAGCUUCAAAGAAAGAAGUCAUUCUCCUGGCAAAGAUGAAACAUCCUAACAUUGUAACCUUCUUCAAUUCAUUUCAAGAGAAUAACAGGCUGUUUAUUGUGAUGGAGUACUGUGAUGGAGGGGAUCUCAUGAAAAGAAUCAGUAGACAACGAGGAGUGUUAUUUAGUGAAGAUCAGAUUCUGAGUUGGUUUGUGCAGAUUUCUCUAGGACUAAAAUAUAUUCAUGACAGGAAGAUCUUACACAGGGACAUAAAAACACAGAACAUUUUUCUUAGCAAGAAUGGAAUGGUUGCAAAGCUUGGGGACUUUGGUAUAGCAAGAGUCCUGAACAAUUCCAUGGAACUUGCUCAAACUUAUGUUGGGACACCUUACUACCUGUCUCCAGAGAUUUGUCAGAAUAAACCCUACAACAAUAAAACGGAUAUUUGGUCCCUUGGCUGUGUUUUAUAUGAACUCUGCACACUCAAGCAUCCUUUUGAGGGUAACAACUUACACCAACUGGUUCUGAAGAUUUGUCAGGCACAUUUUGCCCCAGUAUCUCCAAGGUUUUCCUGUGACCUACAGUCCUUGAUAUCACAGCUUUUUAAAGUAUCUCCCCGAGAUCGGCCAUCUAUUAAUUCAAUUUUGAAAAGACCCUUUUUAGAGAAUCUUAUUGCCAAAUACUUGACCCCUGAGGUUAUUCAAGAAGAAUUCAAUCACACCCUAAUAGGUAGAGCAAGAUCAUCAGCUUCUCAGUCUACUGGGAAGAUAGUCCAAGAUUCUAAAAUACAGAAAAUGAGAUUCCAGGGUAAGUACCUACCAAGAUCAAGAAUAUCAGUGCAAACUGCAAGGAAGGAUAUAAUAUAUAGAAAUGAAUGGAGACCACCAGCUGGAGACCAGAAGCCCAUAUCUAUAAAAAUGGUAGAAAGGCCCAAACAUGCUGGAGUGUGUGACCAUUAUGAUUAUUACUAUGCUCAACUUGACUUGUUGAGGAAGAGACACCAUGAACCAAGUUACCACUGUAUUCCUCAUAAAGAUAUCGGAGUUAAGGAGAAUUAUAGUCAGGAAGAAAGCCACAGUCAAUCACCAGGCCAAUGGCCUGCUGAAUACCUUCAGAGGAAAUUUGAAGCUCAGCAAUAUAAGUUGAAAGUAGAAAAGCAAUUGGGUCUUCGUCUAUCUUCUGCUGAGUCAAAUCACAACAAGAGACAAGAGCUGAGAAGUAAUGGAGAAGAACCUAGAUUCCAGGAGCUGCCAUUCAGGAGAAACAAAAUGAAGGAACAGGAAUAUUGGAAGCAGUUAGAAGAAAUACGCCAACAGUACCACAAUGACAUGAAAGAAAUUAGAAAGAAGAUGGGGAGUGAACUGGAGGAAGACUCAAAAAUAAGUCAUAAAACUUAUCUGGUGAAGAAGAGUAACCUGCCUGUCCACCAAGACACACCUGAGGAAGAAGCACCUGUGCAGGGUAUUGAAAGAGACUUGAAACAAAUUAGACUUCAGAACAUAAAGGAAAGUAAAAUUCCAGAACAAAAAUAUAAAGCUAAGAGAGGGGUAACGUUUGAAAUUAAUUUAGACAAAUGUAUUUCUGAUGAAAAUACUCCCAAAGAGGAAGAGGUCAUGGACAUACUAAAUGAAACUUUGACCUUUGAGGACGGAAUGAAGCUUAAGGAAAAUAAAUGUAUAAAGGAGAGUGAUGAUUAUACAGAUGAAGCCUUUGAAAAACUCUGCUGCUCAGAAGCAGAUGGCCAAGUGAUGGUGAUCAGUGGCAUUCCCGAAAAUAGGAAACAGUGGCAGCAUGAAGCUCCAGGAACUUUAAUGAGUGUUUUGGCAGCAGCUCAUCUAACAAGUAGCUCAUUUUCUGGCACAGAAGGAGAAUUUGUGGGAACAUUAAAACAAUGGCUUCCUAAAGAAAAUGAGGGGAAGGUGGACAUGGCCUCUGGCAUUGAAGUAGAUGAGAGACAACCAGAACCAAGAUCUGAUGAUGAUGAUACAAAUUUUGAAGAAUCUGAAGAUGAGUUGAGAAAUGAAGUAGUAGAAUCCCUGGAAAAACUCACUACUUCCAAAGAGGAGGGGGAAAAAGAAGAGGCUUCCGGUUCCUCUAAGGACACUGAGAAGUUAGAAUUAAGGGGAUAGGCAUGCAGAAAUGUGCAGAAUUAAGUGAAGGUUUGGAGAAUAUUUCUACUCCAUCUAAUGGCAAAAGUUUUAUUGUUGAUGAAGAACAAGGAACAUCAACAACCAGUAAAAAUAUAAGUGUGAUUAUUGUACUUUUUCUUAAGCAAUAAGUUAGUAUCAAUUAACUAUAACAUCUCUUUGGGUACAAGUCAUAGAUACUCAUUUAUUAUAAGGCUUUUCCAGUAAACCCAAGGAUUUACUUAUUUUUCUUUCUAAAUAUAGAUGAUAGAACUAAUUUUUGAGUGUAGAAACUAAUCUUUUUACUUUAAAAUUUCUAUUAAAACUUUUAUAUAAUAUAUGUGUAUAUGUGGUAAGCAGAGUAAUAUGCCUCUCCCUUCCCAAAUGUGAUUAAGUGCAAAGGGGAAUUAAAGUUGCAGAUGAAAUUAAUGAUGCUAAUCAGCUGACCUUAAAAUAGGGAUGCUCUCUUGAAUUAUGCAGGUGGUCCCAAUGUAAUCACAAGAGUUUUUAAAAGUAGAAGAGGGAGACUGUAUAAUCAGAGAGAAAUGGUGGCACAAGAGGGAGUUGGACUGAUGCUGCUGGCUUUGAAGACAGGGGAAAGGGCCAAAGCCAAAGAAAGCAGACAGUCUCUAGAAACUGGGAAAGGCAAGGAAAAGGAUUUUCCCCCCAAACCCUGCCAACACCUUGAUUUUAGCCUAGUGAAAUCCACUUUAGACUUCUGACCUACAGAACUCUAAGAUAAUAAAUGUGUGUUGUUUUAACUUAGUUUGUGGUAAUGUUAAGACAAUGAUAGAAAAUAAAUAUUCAUUUAAAAUAUGGAAUCUGCCAUUUUAUAAAACUGUGAUUUUGAAAUUUCUUGUUAUAUUGAGUAUACUUUAAAAAGCUGAUGUUGACAUAGGAGUAAGGCAAUUGAGCAAAGAGAGGAACAGCAUAUGUUUAAUUGUACACCAAAUAAUAAUUUUAUUAUGUUUUAUUGAAUUAUUUUCUGACAGUUUCAAAUGUAUAGGUUAUAAACUCUUAUAAUGGUCUUUUUAUAUGUAGUGCUUAGCAUAAUGCCAGAAAUGUUUCCUAAAUGAGUAAAUAAAUGCUAAUACAAUUUCCCCAGUAA